AUGUUGGGGUGGAUGAAGCAGACCGUGGGACUCACGGACCACAACUAUGGACCCGAGGGCCUGCAGUCGGUUGCGUUGCAAGCCGAGCAGACGCCUUACACCGAGCUCACCAAAGAUGACCUGAAGUGGGAGAUCAUGAGCGGUACCAACGUCGAGACCAAGACCUUCUACGUCGUCGCCGACAGCGGGCACAUCGGCCUGGCCCAGAUCAUUUACAGUGAUGUCUUGGGCGUACGUACGACCGCGCAAUUCAGCAGCAAGAUCUUCUAUCCCAAGGAGGCCGGAAAGCCGCAUCUGUGGACAUCGGACAAUCUCAGCAACUACAAGUUCUCCAACGACAAGUUCAACUUCAAGGCAGAUGGUUGCUCGAUGGAGUUGAGCGAGGAUGGCAAGACGUACACGAUCAAAUCGUCGACGAACAAGCAAGCGCUGGUGGAUCUCAAGUUCACAAUGGCCGCACCUGGCUUCGCGGCUGGCAAGAACGGUACGAGCACAUUUGGAACGGAUCCGGCAAAGCCAUGGGGACACAUGAAGCACCUCUUCUGGCCGAGAUGUCAGGUCGAGGGCACGAUUAUGACCAAGGAGGGGCCAGUCGACUUCAAGGGUAGAGGCAUGGCUGUGCAUGCGAUCCAAGGCAUGAAGCCGCACUUUGCUGCUGCAAAGUGGAACUUUGUCGACUUCCAGUCGCCGACAUACUCCGCAGCCAUGAUGGAGUACACCACACCUCCUUCCUACGGCCAGUCUGUCGUGAACGUGGGUGGCAUCGCAAUUGAUGGCGAGAUCCUUUUCGCAGGAGCUUCUCCCAAUACCAAGGCCGAACACACCCAAGUCAAAGGCGACUCGGACAAUGACUGGCCGGAGCCAGGUGCCGUGGCCUUUACCUGGAGUGGAAAGACGAAAGACGGCAAGGACGCUCAUGCCGAGCUAAAGGGCGUACUCGACCCGCGGACCGACCGUGUGGACGUCAUGGGCGAGCUGCCCAAGUUCGUCAAGCAAAUCGUUGCUGGAGCCGCAGGCACGAAGCCAUACAUCUACCAGUGGGAUCAGAAGAUGACGCUCAAGGUCACGAUUGAUGGCGAGACCAAGGAGGAAGAAGGUCGCCUUCUUAUGGAGGCAACUUUCAUCUCGUAA